AUGGCUCCGGCUUUAAGGUUGACUAAACGUAAGGAUGCCAGCCCCUGGCCAAGGAUGUCUUCAACUUUCUGGGCUGUAAUACUGUUGACCAGUCUCCUAAUCAUCUACUGCGGUCAACUGGCGGCGGGGACAUGUGAGAUUGUGAUGCUGGACAGGGACAGCAGUCAGCCCAGACGGACCAUCGCCAGACAGACUGCACGGUGCGCCUGUAAGAAGGGACAGAUCGCUGGGACGACAAGAGCCAUGCCAGCCUGUGUGGACGCUAGUAUCGUCCGGACGAAACAGUGGUGUCAGAUGGUCCCAUGUUUGGAAGAUGAGGGCUGUGACCUGUUAAUCAAUAAAUCUGGAUGGACUUGUACACAACCAGGAGGCAGAGUCAAAACCACUACGGAUAAAAAACAGUUGGACGAAGCUGCCUAA